CAACUUUCGGUUGCAUUGCAGCGCUCAGUACAGUAGGCGUGGAAAGCUUGGCAGGAAAGGGAGAACAUUGGUGCGAAAACCAAACUGUUAGCUAAAGACGUAAAGGCAAGACUUGAACUGUAAAACCUUUAACAGCUAGAGUUUUCUUUUCCCCACAUCUACAAAUUUAACUGAUACGACAUCAGGAACAAGGUUGCUCAUGCAGAAGAGCUUUAGUCUGUGGAUUAUCUCUGAUCCAGAAAUGUUCACUGCGAGGAUCUCAAAUGAUUGAAGUCAUGUUUUGAGUUUGUUUUCAUCAUGCCUGCUGGAGAUAUUGGCUCGUGUCGGGGUGAAAGUGGAAGGCUGCCCUGGGUGUUCGUGGUCCUGGUUCUUGCCGUCGUCACCUCUUCUUCCCUCUCUGUUCUUUCCCUGUAUCAUGUUCUGGCUCUGCAGGCCGAGGUGGAGGGUCUGAGAGCCGAAGUGGGCCGAAAGAGAGAGGAACACAGCGGGAAACUGGAAGAACCUGUGGAGGGAGCAGAGAAACUGACCCAGCACCAGAAACAAGAGGAGUGCCAGGACACAAUUGAGUGUCUACAGCAAACUAAGAUGGUUAAUACCACACCAAACCACAAUGAAAUGACAAAAAGAAGUCUUGGUCAACUAUCAGAAAUUCAGCCGUGCUUGCAGAUGAUGGGGGACAAUAAGAAAAAAACCUUUCAGAAGGAGUUUGCUUUAGAAAUGUCCACAGCGGUCCCAUGGCAGACGGGAAUUAAGCGUGGCUCCGCCCUGGAGGAAGACCAGGGCACCAUUUUAGUCAAAGAAGAAGGAUUCUUCUUCAUCUAUAGUCAGCUCUCCUUUUCCCAGGUGUACUACAUAGACCCCAUGUUCGCCAUGGGCCACAUUGUGAUUCGUAUAAAGAAGAACGUUGUAGGUGAUGAGAGUCAACACGUGGUUCUGUUUCGCUGCAUUCAGAGCACAAAUCAAGUCCGGUAUUACAACACCUGCUACACUGGGGGUGUAGUGAAGCUGGACCCUGGGGACAAACUGGAGCUUCUGAUACCUCGUUCCCAAGCAAAUAUUUCUCUGGAUGGGGAUUCCACUUUCUUUGGAGCAAUUAAACUGGCCUGAGUAUAGGGCAAGACUUUGGGACACAUGUGCUGGUACUGCGAUCUGGACAUGACUUCAUGCAUGUACAUACAAGAGCUGUUUAGUAAUCUAAAACUGACGGAAAAGGGAAUUUUUAACACCAGCUACAGUUCACAACCCAGUGGCACUUUCACCGCGGGCGCUAGUGACGUGAACGGAUGUGUGAUGAUGUUUUUUCCGCUUGUUUUGUUUAUGCAGAGUGUUUACCGCACAUGACUCAUAGCUCAGUUCAUAUAUAAUACGAAUGUACUUGAUUCACACAUAUAAUACAUUUCGCACAAUAUAUUAGUGCAUUCAAUUCCAAAUCUUAAAAUCUAAUCCCAUACUGAAUAUUUCAUUUCACUUGGAAACACAUGCUGUUGCGUUGCAUUUUGGACUAUGACACAUUUACUUUUCUUUGUAUACACUUUAUUUGUUAGUAUUGUAAGGAAAAUUAUUUGUGUUUUUAGAGUACAAUGAAAACAAAUUGUUUAUUAUAAUGUUACAGAAAAAAAUAUUUUGUGCCUAUUGGUUAAUGGACAGUUAAUGCUUACAAAGCACUUUAAUUAUUUCAGGAGAAGGCUUUAGUAUCAUUUAACACCAUUUCAGUUUAAGAUGUAGUUGUCAUCAUUCUCGAACAGCAGAUGGCGACAUUUUCACGUUGUGGAGCCACUGUGACGUUAAAGUAAAAGCAUUUCUUUGUGUUACUGUAUGUACUGUAUGUGCUUUAGGUCACUCUCACAAAAACAGCCUGUCUCUUCAAUCUCUGAGCAGAUGUUGUGAAGAAAUUAGAUGGCAUCAUACAUCAAAACACAGUUGCUUAACUACUGAAGUGUCUCGUGUCUUUUGUAAGAAAUAGAACAGAUUGCUUUGUUUAGCAAGUGACAAUUUUCUAUUACAUAUUAUAGUUUGCAAUUACAAGAUGCUUUAAUUUGUUUAUGGGGCACUGACAAAAUAAAGAGGACUUUUUU